AUGGCUGCAGCUGACCGGGAGAAAGGCAUCUCAGCGCACAUAGAUCGACAUGACCAGAGCAUCGAUAAGGAGGAUCAUGAUCUGGCAGUCCUCGGCUAUCAACCAGAACUCAACCGCAAUCGCUCAGUAUACACCAUCUUGUUCCAAGUCCUUGCCAUCACUGCUGUUCCUUUUGGCGAAGGCACAGCUCUGACAAGUGCCAUCUACGGAGGCGGACAAUUGGCGUACUUCGUUGGUUGGAUUGUGGUGGUUGUCCUCGACGAGUGUGUGGCUGUCUCACUUAGCGAACUUGCCUCCAAGUUUCCUACAUCAUCAGGACCUUACUACUGGACAUAUCAAUUGCUACCGGAAGGUCGAACCAGGACGAUCUUAUCCUUCGUCACUGGAUGGGUUUGGUUCAUUGGCAACGUCACCAUAUGCCUUAGCGUCAACUUCGGUACGGCAGCACUCCUCGCCGGCACCGCAACAAUCUAUCAUCCGGACUGGUAUGCUUCGAGCUGGCAGCUGCUCUUGAUCUUCUAUGCUGUAUGCAUAUGCACGUUUGGCGUCUGUGCUUUUGGCAAUCGCAUACUGCCAUACGUGGACACCGUUGCAUCAGUCUGGAACGGCAUCACUAUUCUUGUCGUAUGUAUCGCCUUGUCAGUGGUCGCUGGUGCUGGUCGACAUAGCGCCUCCUGCGCUCUGAGCCAUUACGAUAAGACCAUCUCCGGCUAUGGCAACUUUUCUUUCUUCAUCGGCUUACUCCCUGCUGCUUACACUUUCGCCGCAAUCGGCAUGAUCACUUCGAUGUCAGAGGAAGUAGCCAAUCCGUCGGUCGAUGUACCGAGCGCUCUCAGUCUUGUCGUGCCGAUAUCUGGUCUAGCCGGCCUCUUCUUCAUCGUACCGAUAUGCUUCACUAUGCCAGCGUUGCAAGACAUUCUUAGUGCACCAGCCGGCCAGGCACUGCCUUACAUUUUCCACACCGUCAUGAACAGCCCAGGUGGUGGGCUAGGCCUAAUGUUCCUGGUCCUAGGUGUCGCAGCCUUCUGCUGCAUAAGCAUCACUACUGCUGCAUCUCGCACAACUUGGGCCUUUGCCCGGGAUCAAGCGCUUCCGUUUUCAAACCUGUGGUCGAAGCUCGCAGGCGACCAAGUACCGAUAAUGGCUCUAGGUCUACUUACGGUCGUCCAAAUGCUGCUGGGCCUGAUCAAUCUUGGCAGCACGAGUGCCUUCACCGCCUUCGCAUCCUGCGGCGUGAUUGCACUUGCCUGCGCUUAUGCUAUACCGAUCGGUGUAAGCCUGUUCGGCGGACGCAGACAUGUCUCCACCGCAAGAUGGCGUUGUCCCAGUAUGAUUGGAUUCAUUCUGAACGCCAUCUCGGUCGCCUGGAUUACAUUCCAACUAGUGCUGUUCAGUAUGCCGGCAGCGCUACCAGUGACUGUGGUCUCGAUGAACUACGCUUCCGUUGUGUUUGUGGGUUUCAUGGUCAUCAGCAUAAUCUACUACGUCGCUUAUGGUCAUCGGGUUUACAAUGGGCCACCAGAAAGUGAUGGGUUGUAA